AUGUUUGUUUUUAUGAUCUAUAUUAGUGACCUUGAACAACAAUACAUCAACUAUUUGUUCAGGUAAGAGGGAAAUACUUUGACCCAAAAAAGUGUUAAUUGCCUAAUCACUGCAUAAUUGUCCACAGCAUUUUUAAAUUGACUGUAAAAAGUUAAAAUAAUGUUACAACCUAUAUCUUCAGUAGACUACCAGGGGCAAUCAAGUUAUUGUCACUAAUUGCUGUCACCGAGUUGAUAAGUUUGAGGUUUUUUUUUCUGUCCUUUCAUAGUUCGCUUGAGAUGUGUGUCCAUUUGUGUGUCUGUCAUUUUGUGUAUGUGCAGUGCACUCUUCAAUCAUUUGUCAUUAAACUGAUCGAUUGAAUUAAUGUAAGCUCUAAUUGUUAUUAAUCUUCAAACUAGUGUGUUGCUGCUAGCCUUCGCUGCGCACCCUACUGGUAAGACCUUGGGACUGUUUCUUCCCCACCAAUCAUUCAACCAAUCGAUCAAAUAGUUUUCUGUAGCUAUAUGAACAGCUGUUUGCUAUUUCAAUGCAGUUGUCCCAAUGUUACACUGAUUUUAAAUCAUGGUCAGGUGCUGAUUUGACAUCUCUCUCCCCAUUUCCUGUUUGGAGAAGAACGUAAUCUAUUUUGUGAAUGUUUUGAUGACUGGGUUUAUCUUUGCUGACUUAUUCCCUCUAGGUGACCUAUUCGGUGCCUUGGAAUUCCCUUUCCUCCUGUCCCCAAGAUUCCACAGUGGCUGUUGUGCCAGGUAAAGAAUUGAGCUCAGAUGUCUAGUUGAGCAUGUUAAAAGCAAUCUCAUAAAAUCAUCUUGCUAACAGGGUUUCCAAAUCUUUAAAACAUACACUUUUGGCAUUAUACACUGUAGUAACUUAAACACUUAUCUUCCACAGUGCCUUGUUGGGUUUUUUCUUGCUGUUGGCAUCAGUCAAACUAAAGAGUGGUUUACCCCUUGAGCACUGCGGGGUCUGGAUCUUUUUGUCCAAGGUAAUGAAAGUCAGACCAACUACAAGCAGGGUCAGUGUUUAA